CUGUCAAACAUCGAUCAGAAGAUGACAAGCGGGCGCGCGGACAGACCGCGAUCAUGAGCUGCUCUCUUCUAGUCACAGCCGCGACACGUUCAGCGCGCUCGGCCCGGAUCUGACGCACCGCCCCCCGCAGCAGCCUCUUAUGGACUCCGAGCGGAGCGGAGCCGCGGUCAGCUGGUGAAGAACUUCUCAGCGCCUGACCGUCUUUACCCCCGUUCCGUCGCACACAGCAGCCUCGCCCUCUCUCCCCAUGAAAAACACUCUCUGGAGCGGCGCGAUGAUGUCGAGCAAAAGCGCGGAGUGGCUGCAGGACGAGCUCCAGUCCGGUGGCGGAUCGCUGCUGCUGCUCGACUGCCGCUCUCACGAGCUCUUCGAGUCCUCACACAUCGAGUCCGCCAUCAACCUGGCCAUCCCGGGACUCAUGCUGCGGAGGCUGAAGAAGGGCAACCUGCCCAUCCGCUCCAUCAUCCCCAACACCGAGGACAAGGAGAAGUUCGCCAAGCGCUGUAAGACGGACACGGUGCUGCUGUACGACGAGGCGACGGCGGACUGUCCGGAGAGCGGAGGCUCCGUGCUCGGGCUCCUCAUGCACCGGCUGCGGGACGACGGGUGCCAAGCCUUCUACCUGGAAGGAGGGUUCAACCGGUUUCAGACGGAGUACCCGGAGCUGUGUGAGACGAGUCUGGACGUGUCGUGUCCGAGCAGCUCUCCUCCGGCGUCUGUGCUGGGUCUCGGGGGUCUGAGGAUCAGUUCGGACUGCUCUGACGGCGAGUCGGAUCGGGAACCGUGCAGUGCCACCGAGUCCGAGGGCAGCCCCCUGCCCAGUAACCAGCCAGCGUUCCCCGUCCAGAUCCUGCCCUAUCUGUUCCUGGGCUGUGCCAAAGACUCGGCCAACCUGGACGUCCUGGGCAAGUACAACAUCAAGUACAUCCUGAACGUCACUCCCAACCUGCCCAACAUGUUCGAGCACCACGGGGACUUCAAGUACAAGCAGAUCCCCAUCUCAGAUCACUGGAGCCAGAACCUCUCUCAGUUCUUCCCUGAAGCCAUCUCCUUCAUUGAUGAAGCUCGUUCCAAAAAGUGUGGCAUCUUGGUGCACUGCCUAGCGGGCAUCAGUCGCUCGGUCACCGUCACGGUGGCGUACCUGAUGCAGAAGCUCAACCUGUCGCUCAACGACGCCUACGACUUCGUCAAGCGCAAGAAGUCCAACAUCUCGCCCAACUUCAACUUCAUGGGGCAGCUUUUGGACUUCGAGAGGACACUGGGGCUCACCAGCCCCUGCGACAACCGCUCGACGCCCAACGACCAGCUCUUCUUCACCACCCCCACCAAUCACAACAUGUUCCAGCUGGACUCGCUGGAGUCCACAUGAGGGCCAGCAGAGGACGCGGGGUGGGAGCAGCCACCCUUUGAAUGUUUGUGUCCCGUCUCCAGGGAUCUUUAGACCUGAGGACAGUCCAGCAGCACGCACACGGCCCCUCUCAAGCCCUCGCAGAUAUUACGCUGGAUUUAAAUGCAGCUUUUAUUGCCUUUAUGGAACAGACUGUUCUUUUUUUGAUACACGAGAAGAAUCGUGAGACUUUUGCACAACGCUUCGCUCGCAGAGAAGGAAGCUUUGACUGGCGUGUGAUGUCCUCAGCCUCCCGUCUCGAAGGCUGCCAACGAACCGUCUGGGAUUCAUCUUUCUGACCGGAGGAGGAUUUGGCUUGGAUUGGUUCUUUUCUCAGAGCAAAGACUGAAGUGGCAUCCCGGAGGUGCUCUACACAUUCAGUACAUGCAGUCUGUCUGUUUCUCUAUCUUUGUAUUUUUCCUCGCACAGAUAAAACACGCAUAACCAUGUUAUCCAAAGUAGUGACAGUGUUGGUGACCAAAGCCACACAAACAUUCUGAGCCCUCCCCAUCUUUAUUUUCUCUCUCCCGCUCUUCGUUUGCAAUGACCUAAUGCGUUUUGCACAGUGGCGAAUCCUUUCAGUUCUUGGCACUUAAAAGCGGUACUCCAACACACACAGAAAGAGACAUUCAGAGAGGCUGCCAGUCCGAGGCUGUGACCAGGGACGCUCGGGACGACGCGCGCACUUAAAGCUCAUUGUUCCUUAACUGCACACCACAGACGGACGUUUGUGUGCUAGCCACGAGCCCGUCUGGCCUUGGCCAUUCUCUUAACAGUAUGAAUAUAUUGUGUUAAGUUCUACAUAAGAGUAUAUCUGUCCACUCGAUGUGUCUGAGCAUGUGAUCCUCUGGAGGCGCUGCACGUCACUGAAUGUUGAGGACAGUUUUUUUAACUACUCUUGCUGCUCGCGGGCGGUAAACAGUGUGUAGCGAGGGCGUUCCUCAGGAACGAGCGACUGGACCCGAGCGGACGAGUGCUGGAGUUAACAGGGUUGCUUUAAGCUGGCCUUAUAUAACCUUUUUAAUUCUUUCCUACUCUGACUGUUCAAUACUCUCUUUGUAUCUCUCUUUAGAAAUCAUUGUAUUACCAAGUUGAUUUGUAAAGAAACCAAUAUGUAGUAGUAAUAAUCAACGACUAAUGUUCUUUAACGGGUCAGUCAAGGUUGUAUUUGUUACUCUGCAAUAUACUCAACAACUUUGCAGUAUUUUCUAGAAAAUGGCCUCGGGUUUUUGACUCCUCUACUUUUGAUACUAGAGAUCCACAGAGACAGAGUUUCGUGAGCUUGAAACGGAGGCAGCUUUUCUCCCGGGGUGUCCGGAGCGCGUCUGGGUGAAGGGGGCUCGCUCGGGAUUCGAUUUAACCCACGGAGUUCCUUAAUAUACAAUACAUGUGCUACAUACUGAUUUCUGUAGCCUUUUCAUGUCUCAAUAUUUAUGUGUGAAUCUAAUAUUCAACUUGUGCGGAUAUGCAACAGUUGUCCUCUUAAUAUAUAUCAUCACAGAUGACUAUUUCUCAUGCUUGAAACGAUCGGUCUCGGUCACAAUAACAACACGGCGCUCUGGAGUCACCCCGGGACUGCUUCACUGCUUCUCUAUUGACGUAGAUCUUGAUCUGAGCUGCUUCUUGUGGAGGAACGUUUGUGUCUGUACCCAUGAGAACGAUGGUUUUCUCAGAACACAGAAGGCCUUCUGUGGACGUCUCGUGUAGCUUCAUAACGGUUCUGAGAGAGAUCAACACAGGAACUAUGAGCGAAUAAGGAAAUGUAUAUCUUACCUCACAGAGGAAUUUAUCAGGGAUUUUUAUUUGACAAUAAGUCGGCAUCGUGUUACAGCUUCAAAUGUCAAAGAGCUGUUUUAUAUGUGCUGUAUACAUUUUUUUAAAGAUGCAAUCUAUAUAUAUAUAUAUGUGUGUGUGUGUAUAAUACUGGGCUUGGUAACCGGGCAGUUCACUUUUCUGGUUUAUGAAGGAUAUAAAAUUGUCCCUAUUGUUAUGUAAAGUAUAUGAAACCCAAUACAAGACUUGUUUGUACUGCAAAUAAAUAUUGAAUUAUUUUUUGGUUA